AUGACUCGAUUAGAAGACUUAUUUAACGAAAUAUUUGAUUAUUUACAUGCACUUGAUAUUUUACGUCAAACUAUUUUAACAUAUCAACCAUCUUCACUUCGCUCGCUCGAUUUUGUAUUUUACUUCAAUCAUUCGCAUUUAACAACUGGUGUUACUCUUGACUGGAUAUUAACAUCAAUGACUUUAACAUUUUAUGGUUUACCUCAGCAGUUAUCAAUUUAUUGUGUUCUAUAUGUAUUUCAUAUUUAUCGUGCAUUAAGACGUUUACGUGUAUUUAUAUUAAUUCCUGCAAAUUCAAAUAUUCAACAUGCAUAG